CAAAGAAUGGCAGAACGGUCAGAGAACAAAGUACCUUAUAUCGGUACCCUAAUACCGCGCAGGAAAGGCCACCGUCUCUAUCAACAUAAAUGAAUAUGCGUGCUAACCUGGGGCUGUGGCUGGCUGCAGUGUCUUUCGCCUUCUGCACUUUGAUCUGUGUUGGAACCCUUGCGGAUGCGUACCCGUCGAAACCCGACAAUCCGGGAGAAGACGCGCCCGCCGAAGACUUGGCCAAAUAUUACUCGGCUCUGAGGCACUACAUCAAUCUUAUCACGCGGCAGAGGUAUGGGAAGAGGUCCAGUCCGGAGACUCUAUUUUCCGACCUUCUGUGGAGGGAAAGUACAGAAAGAAUACCAAGACCAAGAUAUGAAGACCCUUCUAUGUGGUGAUGAAACCGUGCUCUUCGUUGUCUACGUUAUCACUUUACAUUUCACGCUAGAACACUGACAACCAAAUGCAGCCAGACUUCCAAAGAGAAACCCUGCAUGCAGCCGCCAUGGAGAACUCUGUAGAAAAACAUCCUGCACCAUAUUGUGUGUGUUUAUACAUUAUUUGUGCAUUCCAGUUAAGUGAUGUAAAAUAUUUGUAUAGUGAUUGGUUUUUGUGCUAUUAAAAUUAAAUUACAAAAAUUGCACAUGCAAUAUUGUAUUUGUCAUUAAU